AAUUUAACAAUUGAAACUAGUUAAAUAUAGUUUGCUUAUGCAUCCAUCACUGGGUCCUGUACCUACUUAAACAAUAUUUAAUCAUUACACUUACUUAAAAAAUGAUAGGUGUGCAUUCUUGGUCGGCUUUUAUUUUAUAAAACGCAUCUGUUCGUCGUUCAAAGAUGCCCCAUAAAGAAAUGUUGAUCAACAACAAAGUUCUAGAACUUUAAAGGGCUCGAGUUUCCUCGGCGUGCACUUCCUCUCUCAACAAGUUUUCCUGUUGAGGGUACCACGCCGCUCGAUAAAACUUGUUGCUCUUUUGAGACCCCUCCUGUAGAGAUGCUUACUGGCUUAAGUCUUGUGGAAGCAGCCUCAGUAACACGUCCCCUUGGAGACUAGCAGGAGCAACACGUGAUGCGUCUUACUUAUCAGGUUAGGGGAGAGGAGAGAGCUGCGCUUUGGGGACGGUCAGAGAGGAUAGCGAAAUAAGUGUUUUCCUCUCGUCUCUGAACUCUUUCUUCUAUCUUCCUUUUUAGGAAUUUGGAAGAAAGAGGGGGGAACAAAGUUGUCGAACUUUGCACAUCCUCAGAAACGCCAUUUUGAUUCCUCUCCGGAACAACUUUGCAGCUUCUUUUUUUUUUUCUUAGUCCAUCAUCACCAUUCACCAUCAUCAGUAUGUCUCGGCGUAAGCAGCCCAACCCCAACAAAGUCAAACUGAUGGAGAGCGCCACAGAGGACAAGCGUCCGGGGGGAGGGGUGAGUGCUGAGCUGAGCGCUGUAGAGACUGAGCACUCUGAGGGGCAGGAAACCUCCGACUCCACACACACACAGGACGAGCACACAGGGAGUAACGGAGCUAUGGAGGAAGGAGAGGAGGAAGAUGAAAAUGGAGAGAAUAUGACAGAGGGCGUGGACUUGUCAUCCAUCAACGCCAUGAUGUCGACGGUGAUGAACGCAGGCCAGCUCAACGGCGCCAUGGAGCCCUCCUCAGCCCCUGCCUCAACACCUUCAAUCCACAUUAGCAAGACCACCCCACCCAGACCCACUAGUGUCAAUCGCAAUGCCAGGAGAAACACGGAAGCCAAAGACGUCAAUACAGAUUUCAUCUGUCCGCUGUGUGACAAAGACUGUAUGACCCAGCACCAGCUCACUAUGCACAUCCGACAGCACAACUCGGACAACGGGGCGACGGACCACUCAUGCAGCAUCUGUGGCAAGGCCCUGAGCUCAGCCAGCUCGCUGGACCGCCACAUGCUAGUGCACAGCGGAGAGAGGCCCUACAAGUGCUCCUUCUGCGGCCAGACCUUCACCACAAAUGGCAACAUGCACAGACACAUGAAGAUCCACGACAAAGACCCAGCCGGCGUCAUUCCUAUUAGCCCCCCCUCGCCCACCAAGAGACGCCGCCCCUCCGCCAAGAGGAGGUCAGCCAUGGACGAGGACACAGAGCGAGGCGACGAACCGCCCAACAAAAAGGUAAUGAACUGGGAUCAGGCCGGGGGUGAUGAAGUGUUGCCGUGCCCGAUCUGCUUCAAGACCUUUGGCUGCAAGUACGACCUGGAAGUCCACAUGGACACACACCCUGACACCACUCUCAGGUGUGACCUGUGCUGCCUCUCCUUUCGGACCCACCGCGGCCUGCUGCGGCACAACGCCGGCAUCCACAAGAAGAUGCCCACGGACCCCGGCGGACGGCCCUUCAUCCAGAACAACCCCUCCAUCCCCUCUGGCUUCAACGACCUGGCCUUUAUCGACUUCUCCUGCCGCAAGUUUUCCCACAUCGCCCAGGUCUGGUGUGAGACCAAUCUCCGCCGGUCCACCAGCAAGUUCCACCGCUUUGUGUGCGAGGCCUGCGACAAGGCCUUCCCCCUACACUCGGCCCUAGACCUGCACAAGACUACCAUUCAUCAGCAGCAGCAGCCGUCGCCCGUAGGGGGCGGCCAAGAGACCCCUGCGGUCCAGAAGAAGCCGACAACCCCGCCCCCUCAGCAGGCCAGCUUCCUGGAAUCCCUGGGUCUGCAGCACAUUUCCCAGGUCAAGCCUCAGCCUUCUGAGGAUGAGGUCCGUCAAGCCCAGCUGGACAGUAUCCGGGUCAUCCAGGUGGAGCCUCCGGACUCCACCCUGCCCCAAGAGGCGGCUUCCACAGCUUCUGGAUUUCUGGGCGGCCUGGGCUUGGUGGCUGCUUCGUCCCUGCAGGGCCUGUCCCAGAGGGAGGCCCUCAGCCUGCUCUCCCUGCAGCCCUUCCCCACGGGCUUCCUCUUCCAGCCGGACAGUGGCACUGCUGUCAAGCCUGUCUGUGGCGAGGCUGGCCUGAUUGAGCUGGCUGACAUCCAUCAGAUCCUGAAGGUGGCCUUGGCCGCCCCCGGUCAGAUGGGCCUCCUGCCGACACUGGCCAAGGCCCCGCACCAGGGAGGGUCCGGCCAGGGCCAGGCGGCCAGCUGCAAGCCCAUGCCCCCGCUGAAGCCAAAGCCUAUGGUGGCACCACGCUCCAGCCUGGCUGCCUCCACGCCGCCGCCGCUCCAGAGCACCCAGCAGGCUUCCCUGGGCUGCAUCAGCCCCAGCCUGCCCCCGCCACCCAGCCAGCUGCUCAAUAUGCCCCAAGAGUCUUCAUCAUCAUCAUCAUCCUCCUCCUCUUCCUCGGGCAGCCAGGCCUCUCUGGAGAAGAUGCAGAUGGAGGCGGACUGCAUGGGCGACGCCCACAUGCCCAACGACUUGACGGAGCUGCAGAUCAAAGAAGAGGAGGGCCAGGCGGCCGGGGGAAAGAAGGGGUCAGGAGGGGCCAACCGCGGGGGUGCUAAGGCAUCCUACCCCUGUCGUUUCUGUGACCAGGUGUUUGCCUUCUCCGGGGUGCUGCAGGCGCACAUGCGCUUCCACCUGGGCAUACUACCGCACCAGUGCAACAUCUGUGACUACGUGGCACCCGACAAGGCCACGCUCAUCCGCCACCUGCGCACGCACAGCGGCGAGCGCCCCUAUGUGUGCCGCGUCUGCCACUACCCUUUCACCGUCAAGGCCAACUGCGAGCGCCACCUGCGCAAGAAGCACAUGAAGAACACAAGGAAAGAGAUCGAGAAGAACAUCAAGUACGUCUCGUCGACCACCACCCAGGAUCCCUUGGAGCUGGCCUCCGCCGGCGACACCGCCUGCCGUUUCUGUGGUGAGGAUCUAAAGAGCUACCGGGCUCUCCAAAUCCACCUGCGCACCCACAACGGCUGCCAGCGCAAGCCCUUUGAGUGCCGGCGGUGCGGGGCGGCUUUCCUGGCCAAGAGGAACUGCAUCCACCACAUGCUCAAGCAGCACCCCGAGGUGCAGGAGCGGGAGAUCGAGGAGCACAUUGCCACCCUUCUCCCCGCCAUCACAGCCACCACCUCCAGGGCCAGCUCCAGCAGCCCUCUGGCUCUCAACGGCCUUACGCCCACCCCCAGUGCCACCGUGCAGCCGGUCAAGGUGGAGGAUUUCAGCAUCUACUCCUCCUCCGGUGACUUGGAUCAGCCAUUGGACUUCUCCAACAAGAGCCGCAGGGGGGGUGGGACCAGCAGCAGUUCAGGAAGCCUAGCCGGUUCUCCUGGGAUCAAACUGGAGACGGUCAGCCUGGUAGCCUACGACAGCUCCAUGGAACCUAUUGACCUGUCCAUCCCCAAGAACCCCAACAAGAGGCUGAAGAGAGACGCCACCGCUGUUGACCCGAUGGGCGUGGAGCGCCGAGAGAUCAAAAAGGAGCUGCCCUUCCCCAGCGUACUGGACCACCUCCCCUCAGCCCUUCAGCUGGACAAGAGCACUGAGGAGAAGCUGACGACCCCCCAGUCUGGCUCUUACCAGCUCCUCCCAGUGACCCCCUCCCCGCUCCCCAUUGGCACCACCACAGGCCGGGCGCUCCGUCUCAAGCCCCUGCUGCCCAAACCAGCCUCUACCUCCUCAUCCUGCUCUCUGAAAGAGCUUCCCCCUUUGGCUUCCAUCGCCCAGAUCAUCUCCUCCGUCUCGGGGGCUCCAGACCUACUCAAGAGGGAGCCAGAUAACAAGGCUUCUGCCGCCCUCAACGGCCUCCAGACAGAACCGGAGCGUCCAGCUGGGGGCGACAACAGCUCAGAAACAUCGAUGGAAGAGCUCCCCCUAGAGGGCUCGUCCAGAAAGCGCACUAGAAAGAAGCCAGUGAGCCAGGCCAAGACUAUGGCACCUGCCUGUGUGUCCACGCUCGAGCAGAACACAGGCAGCGGCUUGGACCUGGAAUCCAGCGGCGAGUUCGCCAGCGUGGAGAAGAUGCUUGCCACCACCGACGCUAACAAGUUUAGCACUUACCUUCAGACGGGGGCGGCGGAGCUGGGAAGGCGGGACGAGGGGAGACAGAGCCCGGGAGAGGAGAAGGAAGAGAAAGAGUCACCACCUCAGUCUGUGCCGCCCCAGUCCAAAGGAGGGAAGAAGAAUGCCUACUCCAACUCAGUGCAGAAGAUGACCUGUCCCUUCUGUCCCCGGGUCUUCCCCUGGGCCAGCUCCCUGCAGAGACACAUGCUCACACACACUGGUCAGAAGCCCUUCCCCUGUCCCAAAUGUGACGCCUUCUUCUCCACCAAGUCCAACUGUGAGCGCCACCUGCUGCGCAAGCACGGCGUGACCAACCGCUCUCUGCGCCGCAACGGCCAAGUAUCCAAGAACGGCGAUGAAGGUUCACACGACAGCGCAGGUGAGAGGCCCUACAAGUGCCAGACGUGCGAGCGCACCUUCACCCUGAAGCACAGCCUGGUGAGGCACCAGCGGAUCCACCUGAAGCCACGGGGCAGCGAGGGGGCAGAUGGAGCUGAUGCCAACGGGGCAGAGGCCCCGGCCGGAGACUCAGCUAGUGAGGAGGGAGAGUGCACCCCCACCAGCACCUGCCCCCCUUCAGAAAACGAGAGCGAAGGCACCGGAGGAGCCAGGGAGGAGGGAGGCGAGGGAACUGAGAAAGAGGCCCCUCUGCCAGGCCCCACAUCCCUGGCCCAGUCCCUGUCCACCACUGAACCAGCCCAGUCAGAGUCAGCUACAGAGGCCAUAGCUGAGCCGCUCGUUGAGCCAGUCUUGAAAGCAGUCUCUGAAUCAGUUCCUGACCCAUCUGUAGAACAAACCUCAGACGGACCCUCUGAAACAGAUGUAGAACUAGACGCUGAGGUAUCAGCCUCUGAAAUGGCUAGAGAAACAGAUGGCAAUGCAGCCACUCAAACGCCAACAGAAACCCCCAAAGAAUCUUCCACAGAGUCCCCAGCCCCACAGCCCACUACCCCAGAGAAAGACCCCGAUGGCCCCUCGGAAGGCUUCAUCCAAGGCCUACUGGAGAUCCACACCAAGCCUUCCCUGGAGCACAUCCUUCCUGCUGGCGAGGCUCCCUUGGUGGACGUUGAGUGAGGGAGGCACCCUCCUUCCUACCCCCAGUCUCUGGUUCUCUUUAUGCAGUGGACCGAUGUAUGUGCCGCAGUGCCAUAAGAUAGAAGUACUCCUAAAGAAUGCAAGACGAUGAAAUCAAGAAGAAACACCUUGUUUCUAAGUGCCUUACUACUUCUAUUUUGUUAGUUUUUUUGCUAUAUCUUUAUCUACAUUUAUUUACGGAGGAUCUAAUUUUUAUAGCUUUUUAUGAUGAUUACAUAAUUGUUUUUGGAUUCUAUGAGAUGAACUUUGAAUAAGCAAUAAAUGAAAUCAAAUUUACCAUGACCGAUUUAUAUUAAAUGAUCAAGUGUGUGACAGACAAAAAUAACUGUUAUUGUAUAUUUAAACCACAGUCGUACCUUAAAAACAAUGCUGAGACUGAGAAAAGACUUGAGUAAGUUCACCAGCGGUGGGGAUAAAGUCAUGUAUGUAACUGGAAACACAGCUAUAGCAGAUACCUGUCAGGCUGUCACAAAGGUGUCCUGAAAAAAGACUGUCGUUCUCUCCCCUUCAACUUGAUUUACUCUCUCUCUCUCAUGAUCCCUGAUAACCAACAUCUACAGUCUCUGUUUGUAUUGAGAAUACAUGAAUGAACUGUGACAUGAUUUGGUGUUAGGAGGCAAAUCAAAGAAAACAGACCUGACAAUGGAUAGCGUACCAUAUCUGAGAUCUAUGCUGUUGCGUUCCCCUAGGCUCUCUUUAUCUUGCCAUGAUAUGGGCAAUAUUUGCCUGAAACGUGUGUUUUUUCCCCGAAAUCAUUCUCAUUUUAUUUCAUGUGCGUUGACCAUGUUGCGUGUGGGAGUGUUGUGUGUGUGUGUGUGUGUGUUAUUCGUUCAGGAGAGGUUGGGGGAUAUAAGGAGUUUGAGGAAAUGUACUUUUCCAGAACAAAAGGGCUUGAUAUGUGUACCCCCCCAUAUCUCUCACUGUCACUUUCUAGCGUUCCUAGAAACUUGUACUGUGUCUGUACUACCACCAGUGUGUCCGGCUUGUGUUGUGUCCACCUCCCCCUUGCCGCUACUUUAGACGUCUUCCAAAACCAACCGUCACUGUGUUCUUAAAGGCCUACCUGUGGUUCUGGGUUAUUUUGAUGCAGAACCUCACCUCGUGCUCUAGGUGGAACACUACUCUGUUUGGUCUACUUGAACUGUUGUAGCCCUGCUGCCUCCCAUUCAGGCAGCCACCUUCCACCACGCCACUCGCCCCCCCUUCCACCCUCAAGAGAAUAUUUUCCGAGGUGGGACUCAAAUGUCAAUCAUGUCACCUUGCGGGGUUGAAUUUUGUCUAAAUGUAUGUGUUUUUUCUUCUUUUCUUCUCAUUUUAUAUUUAAAAAAACCUCAGAAGCAAACAAAUCAAACCUCAUGGCGCGGUAAGACGCAGCAUCGGCUGGCUGGAGGCUGACGGACCGAGAGCAGAGAGCACUGGACUAGUCAGCCUCUGCCAGGCAACUGCCCAUAUGGCACUAACAAAUUAAAAACAAACCUAGUACGACAAUAAACAGCUAAGCAAUCAGAGAGAAUGAACUGAAGUGAAUUUCUGAGCUGUGUUUGGAACUUGAACGUAACACAGAGUAUUAAGUGGAGGGGAGAGGAGGGGGUGUGGCGCAUUGACAGGUGGCGAGGCAAGUACUCCAUGCAGAAAGAAGUCUGUCCUCUAGUGGCCGUACCACAGUAGCUCCCCCAUCCCAAUCCUGCUCUCAGGCACUGGGAAAGUAUUGUCAGAAUAGAAUGCAAAAUGCAAUUGUGUUCUAAAAACACUGUGUUAAGGGACUCACUCAGCUUAUCUCAUUAUACCUUCGACCCUGUGUGGGUGUAUGAUUAUGAGUCCCAUGAGAAUGCACAUGGACUGUUUUUAUUGUAUUUAUUUGGAAAUCCGGUGAGGGGUGAAUAGAUGUGACUUGAGGAGAAGCCAUGUAUUAUUACCACAUUGAUGCUGCAGAGAAUACCGGAUUCAAAUCCACAAAAUGGUCGCCCAGCAUCGGCCCGGGACUUCUAUUAGCAAUAAUCACUUUUGAUUUGAAAGCUUUAUGUAGACCUUUGUAUUUGUUUAUAGACUGUGUGGAUCUAUUUUUGUUUUGUUAUUUUUAGUUUGGCUAAGAUUUUUUUUCUCUUCUCAGAUAUAUAAAUACGUAUAAAACUGUGAAAUUCAUUGUGUUUCAGAUAAUGGGUGAGUUUUAGGCUUGUUUUGCAUGUAACCCUAAUUUGUUCAAUUAUGGAUGAUUAAUUUUUUUCUCUCCAUCUCGCUCUCAGGGUCUUUAUAAAAUGCAUAUUCAAUACUUCAUUUUCCUGAGUUGCAAGAUGUUCUUACAAGUUCUUUUUUUACGAUUAAAACUGUCAAUCACUA